UUUUUUUAGGCCACCAACGAUCCUUUUUUUCUUCUCACUACUUUCUUUCCUAAAUUUGUAUUCCUCUUCUCCUCUCUCUCUCUGUUUCCGUCCGCUGGUUCAUCUGCUUUGUUAACAGGAAAACUUUCGCCUCUUUUAUCUGAUUUUGCUCGCCGGAGAGGAAGCCAUGGGUCGUGCAAAGCUACAGAUCAGAUACAGAGAAAAACCUAGUGCUCGAAUCAACACUUACAAAUCAAGGAUCAAGGGAAUAGAGAAGAAGGCUAAAGAGCUGUCUGUUCUUUGUGGCGUUGAUGUCCUGUUCUGCUCUUUCUCUCCUGAUCUCAGUGCAUUCCAUUACUGGCCGAAUGAACCAUCCGAAUUCCAUCGCAUAAUCGACCGUUUUAAGUCCAUUUCCUCACAGAAACCACAAUGCGAGGUUCCUUCUCCGCCAGUAAAUUGGUCGUCUCAAGAAGAGCUCGCUGCAAUAAACAAAAAGCUGGAAGAUGUGAGACAAAUGAAAAAGUUUUUGGAAGCAGAAAAAAUGGGUUAUUCAUCUCAGAAAUGUAGAGCGGAUUCCAUAGGAGCGGAUGGCGAUUUCUGUCCUAAUGCUGCAAUUCUUAAAGAUGAAGAAGAUAUCUUCUCUUUACUAGAAGAGCUUGGCCAAGAUCUAUUCAUAUCAGAUCUUCCUUCAAAUUCAUCCAUUGAUGUCUUCAAGGAGAGUUAUUUUGACUGUAGGGACAACUUCUUUGAUGCUGAUCCGGCUGACUUUCAGUUCUUCUAAGAUAACUAUCUCCCAUUAGUUACUGUUCAACAUUUUUUUUUUCUUUGUGUUAGGCAA